AUGGGCGUUGGGUCUCCUAUGACAGUUGGCAAAUUUCUGUGCCACCUAGAGGACCCGACGCAGAUAGCGUUUAUGCGAAUAUAUUAUCAGAUUCCUAUCACUAGGACGGAGGACGCUAAUCUGGCUACACUAGCCCAACAGAUCCAACCUCAUGAGGUGUGUGGUGAACUAGAGGCGUUUAGGCUAUUGAUGAGUCAAGGCUGUAGCUCUGUUCCACGUUUCCUUGGUUACUGUGAAAAAACGCAAGGGGAACAUGAUCUCGUUCCUGGUGGCUAUGUCAAAUACCUCGUAUGGGAAAAGGUGCCUGGGGAGCCUCUUACAGAGGAAUUUUUCUGGAGCUUGGAUCCCCUUGUACGAGAGGAUAUCCGUGCCAAAUUUCGUGUUGCCUUUGAGUCAGUUUACGCAAACCCAAGAUGGCAGGUAGACAAAACGCUAAUACAAUUAACAGGGAGAUGCUGCGUUGCAGUGUAA